CUUAGCGUAUCAGCCGCGCAGUUUUGCCGGUGGUCACUGGAUGAAACGCUCAGAGUAAUAAUACUAAACUUGUAACUCGGACCAAAAUUCGUAUCUUCGUGAUAAGCCAAGAACAUACCUUGUUAGUUUUUCUUGGUAUAUCAUGAUAAUACCUAUCUUUGGACUCGGAGAUUUCAAAUUAGUAAUUACGUUUAUUUGCGUUUUUUUCGUUGUACUUUUUUUUGAUGAUUUAAGUUUAAUACAUUUAAAAAUCUGGCAAAAUCUAUAAUAUCUUAGUUCGGGAUUUGCAGCUGUCUAGGCUUUCAGGAAAACAUGAAUUUCAGUAACUUACAUAAUAUGGCUAAACACAUUGAUUUGCAAGUGAAAACAUUGGAAACGAAAGUGGCUAAUCCGAUGGGUAUGAUUUAUUCAAACAACUCUAAUCAAGGCGUGAAAAUACUUUCAAUGUUAAAAGACAUGUCAGAUGAUAUUGAGAAAAAAAAGACUAAUAUUGAGCAAAAAGUACUAGAAGAAAAUACUAAUUGGGCAGCAAUGGUAGAGGAUUACAAUUCCGUAGCAAAAUUCAUAUCGGAUGUCAAUGGCAAAUUAAAUGAAUAUGAAAAUACUUGGGCUGCACAAUAUCCAAACUACAAGCCGUUUGUGUCAUACAAUCACAAUGAAUCCGUAGGAGUUGAAACAGAAUUUCAAGAACUCGAUCUUCAAGAAGAAAAACACAUCGACGAUCAAUCAUUCCAUGAUAGCAGUUUGUGUAACAUCACAAUGUCGUAAUGAUUUGAAAGACAACAUUUUAAAUUUUCAUUGAAUAUAUGUACGUAAUGGUAAAAAGUUAUUAGUUAAUAAUACAAUCAGUACGACAACUUGUUAUUAUAUCAUCCACCAAUCGCCAUCUUUGUCCAAUUUAUUGUUUAUUAUUUACACAUACUAGUGAGAUGACGUAUAAUCUGUGUCAACCCUUCCCAAUAAACCGCUCAACUAGCAUACUACUCUCAGUCAAUGUCUAAUUCUUGUCUAUAAAUAACUGUAUUAAGUAUUAGUCACUGUGUAGGUCAAGUCUGCCAGACUCGAGUGCUUUAACAAAAAUGUUAAAAAUUUUUUUUUUAUAAAAUGUAGAAGAUUUGGUUCAAAAAAUUCUAAUUUUUUUUAAUUUUCUUUUGUAAUUGUUAUAAAAUAUAUGCAAGUGUAUGAAGUAAAAUUGUAAUCAUAUUUGAAAAAAUAAAGUUUUAUCAAAAAGA